AUGCUGGUUCAUUUUGGUACUCGAAUUGGAUCAUUACCCCAAAACAAUACAUUCUAUUCCCUUCUAAAUUCUCUUCGAAACCAAACACCCUACCUUCCUCAAACCCUAGCCCUCCUAACCCUAGAAAUGGUGACUCACUCAACUUCUUCCAAAAGACCCAUGUGCCCAUCAUGCUCGAAACCCGCCCGUGUCUGCUUCUGUACUCGUCUCAAAACCCCAGGUCUCCAAAACUCCGUGGCCGUCACAAUUCUUCAACAUAGUUUAGAGAAAAAGCACCCACUCAAUUCUGCCAGAAUCGCAACAUUAGGACUGAAGAACAUCGAAAAAGUAUAUGUUUCUGAUGUUAAUUUCGAAGCCCGGUUCGUUAUUCAUUUUCUUGAGUCGGAUUGUGAAAUGGGUUUGGUCAGUGUGGAAGAAAAGAGAGGCGAUUUAGAUGGAAAUGAAAAUUGUAGCAGCUCUGAUUAUGUUGAUGAGUCGAACUCGCAAGGUGGGACUGUGAAAAAAUUGAAAUCUGGGCGAUUUGUGGAGUACUCAGGAGAGCGAAAUAAUAUCUCUGUUCAUACCAAUGACGAACCUGAAAUUGGUAAUAUGAACAAGCUUUCGCAAUGUUUUGGUCCAAUUAGAACAGUCCCAAUUGGUAGCAAUAUAUCUGCCAUUAAGCUUACCAUUGGAAAAUAUGGUUCCAUUAGUUCUUUUGUACUUCCUUGGAUGCUGCUAUCUCAGUCGCAGAAACCCGAUUUUGAUCAGGUUUUGGCAUCUCCAGUAGCUCUUGAUGUUCUCAGAAAAGGGUUUGUUGUAAAAAAGCUGCAGAAGCAGCAAUUGAGUGGAAGCAUUGCACUUGAAGAGAGUGAAGAGUUUGAAAUCACAGUUCCUCCUGGGUCAGUACUUCUCUUUCCAAGCGAAAAAUCAGUUGGGUUUGAGGAUAUAAACUUUGAGGUGAAGAACUUGAUUGUAUUGGAUGGAACAUGGGCUAAGGCAAAGAGAAUGUACAAUGAGAACCCUUGGUUACAGUUUUUGCCACAUUUGAAGUUGGAUCUGGAUAAGCCUAGCUUGUAUGGUGAAGUCAGGCACCAGCCAAGGGCCGGAUGUUUGUCUACCAUUGAGAGCAUUGUAUAUGCACUUAAUGCUGUAGGGGAUGAUUCCAAAGGCUUGGAUGUUCUCCUGGAUGUUUUUGAGUCCAUGGUUGGAGAUCAGAGGCGGUGCAAAUAUGAUAGAUUGCACAAAUCAUCUAACGCAUGA